AUGGCCGCCCAGGAGAAAGCCCCUGACGAGAGGAUUUCCCAGUUUGAUUAUGCUUUGCUCCCGGAGCUGUCUGGUCUUCUAGGCAUAGAUGUGCAUCAAUAUGUAAAGGAAAUAGAAGAAGAGCAGCAGAAAGAACGAGAAAAAAUGCAAAAAGGCUUUAAUUCCCAAAUGCGUAGUGAAGCAAAAAGGUUAAAGACUUUUGUGACCUAUGAGGCCUACAGUGCAUGGACACCCCAGGAGAUGGCAGUGGCUGGGUUUUAUUUCACUGGCAUAAAAUCUGGGGUUCAGUGCUUCUGCUGUAGCUUAAUCCUCUUUGGUACCAGCCUCCAGAGACUCCCCAUGGAAGACCAUAAGAAGUUCCAUCCGGAUUGUGAGUUUCUUUUGGGCAAAGAUGUUGGUAACAUUGCCAAGUAUGAUAUAAGAGUAAAGAAUCCAGAGAACAAGUUGAGGAGGGACGACAAAGCAAGAUACCAAGAAGAGAAGGCCAGACUCAAAUCCUACAAGAAAUGGCCAUUUUAUGCCCAAGGGACAGCCCCAAGGGAGCUCUCAGCUGCUGGCUUUGUCUUUACAGGUAAACGUGACACUGUACAGUGCUUUUCCUGUGGUGGCUGUUUAGGAAAUUGGGAAGAUGAUGAUGACCCCUGGAAGGAACAUGCCAAGUGGUUCCCCAAAUGUGAAUUUCUUCAAAGUAAGAAAUCCUCAGAGGAAAUUACCCGGUAUAUUCAAAGCUACAAGGGAUUUGUUGGCGUCACGGGAGAACAUUUUGUGAAUUCCUGGGUCAAGAGAGAUUUACCUAUGGCUUCAGUGUGUUGCAAUGGCAGCAUCUUUGGUAAUGAAGAACUCCGACUGAACUCUUUCAAGAACUGGCCCCAGGCAUCCCCUGUGGGAGCUGCAGCUCUGGCCAAAGCAGGUUUUUUCUACAUAGGUAAAAGCGACAUCGUCCAGUGUUUUUCCUGUGGAGGAUAUUUGUAUAAGUUUGAGGAAGGUGAUGACCCAUUAGAAGGACACACCAAAUAUUUUCCCAAUUGUCAGUUUCUCCACAGUAUGAAGUGCUCUGCAGAAGUGAUUCCAGACCUUCAGAGCCAUGGUGAACUUUCUGACUUAACGGAAACUACAAGUGAAAGCAAUCUUGAAGAGUCAGCAGUGAGUUCUGCAGUGCCAGAGUUGGCCCAUGGUGAAGCCCAGUGGCUUCAGGAGGCAAAGAGUCUGAGUGAGCACCUGAGAAAAGCCUACACCAGUGCUCCUUUCUGCCACAUGUCUUUGCUUGAGGUCUCUUCCUGUCUAGCCACCGAUCAGCUGCUGAAUUGUGAUCUGUCCCUUGCUUCAAAACACAUCACCAAUACUGUGCAGGAGCCUGUGGUAUUGCCUGAGGUCUUUGCUAACUUGAACUCCGUCAUGUGCGUGGAGGGUGAAGCUGGUAGUGGAAAGACGGUCCUCCUGAAGAAAGUAGCUCUUCUAUGGGCAUCAGGAUGCUGUCCCUUGUUACACAGGUUCCAGUUGGUUUUCUACGUCUCCCUUGGCUCUACCAGACUGGACCAGGGGCUGGCCAAUGUCAUUUGUGACCAACUCCUAGAGACAGAAGGAUCUGUUACUGAAAUGGGCCUGCGGAACAUCAUCCAGCAGUUAAAGAACCAGGUGUUAUUCCUUUUGGAUGACUACCAAGAGAUGUGCUCAAUCCCCCAAAUCAUAGAGAGGAUGAUUCAAAAAAACCAUUUGUCAAGGACCUGCUUAUUGAUUGCUGUCCAUACAAACAGGGCUAAGGACAUCCGCCGACACCUAGAUACAAUUCUAGAGAUCAAAGCGUUUCCCUUCUAUAAUACCAUCUAUAUAUUACGGAAGCUCUUUCCAGAUGAUUUGACCCGUCUGCGAAAGUUUAUGAUUGACUUUAGAAUGAAUGAAACAUUGCUGGGAAUUCAGAAAACUCCCUUCUUCAUAGCAGCAGUCUGUGCUAAUUGGCUUCGGUAUCCUUUUUGUCAGUCCUUUGAUGAUGUGGCUGUUUUCAAGUCCUAUAUAGAAUGCCUUUUCUUAAAGCACAAAACUGCAGCUGACCUUCUCAAAGCAACUUUGUCCUCCUGUGGUGAGCUGGCCUUGAAAGGGUUUUUUUCAUCUUGCUUUGAGUUUAGUGAUGAUGAUCUCAUAGAAGUAGGGAUUGGUGAAGAUGACGAUCUAGCCAUGUACCUGAUGAGCAAAUUCACAGCCCAGAGAUUGAGGCCAGUCUAUCAGUUUUUGAACGCUUCAUUACAAGAAUUUCUUGCUGGGAUGAGGCUGACUGAACUCCUGGAUUCAGAUAGGCAAGAGGAUCAAGAUUCGGGACUUCAUUAUUUGAAACAAAUUAACUCAGCCAUGAUGGCUAUAGGUCCCUAUGAAAAAUUUUUGAACUAUGUCUCUUGCCACUCUUCAACAAAGGCAGGGCCAACGAUUGUAUCCCAAUUGCUUCUUUUGGUGGAUAAUCAAGAGGCACUGGAGAAUAUAUCUGAAAAUGAUGACUACCUGAAGCAUCAUCCAGAGAUUUCAGAGAAGAUGCAGUGUCUCAGGGUGUUGUGGCAAUACUGUCCAGAAGAUUACCUUUCACGGGUUUCAAAACAUUUACUGGCUCUGGCUGUAAAAAUUGCUUAUGGAAGCAACACUGUUGCUGCCUGUUCUCCAUUUAUUUUGCAGUUCCUUCAAGGGAGAACCCUGUCUUUGAGUGUACUUAAGUUACAGUAUUUUUUUGACCACCCAGAAAGCCUGUUAUUGUUGGGGAGAGUCCAGGUCUCCAUAACAGGAAAUAGGUUACCCAAAUCAGAUUUUUCAUUACUGGAAAAAACUUUCGACAAAUCCCAGGCACCAACUAUAGAUCAGGACUAUGCUUCUGCCUUUGAACUUGAGAGUGAAUGGAAGCAGAAUUUAGUUGAAAAACAGGAAACCGUGAACAGUUUUCUGAACAUGCAACUCAAGGCACCAGCAGAUAUCAGCACUGGCUAUUGGAACCUUUCUCCAAAGCAGUACAAGAUUCCCCUUCUGGAAGUUCAUGUGACUGGUACUGAUGCUGUGGAUCAGGAGAUGCUAAGGUUUCUAACGAAAGUUUUCUCAGCUUCACAGCACAUUGAACUCCACUUGACCAGGAGCAGGUGUUUUAUUGAAAGCAUCCGCCCAGCUCUUGAGCAGUAUAAGGCCUCGUUCACCAGGUGCUCCAUAAGCCAAUCUGAGCUGAGUGCAGUAGAACAGGAAUUGCUUCUCACUCUGCCUUCCCUAGAAUCUCUUGAAGUCUCAGAGACAACCCAUCUACAAGAUCAACUCUUUCUUAGUUUGGACAAGUUCUUGUGCUUGAAAGAACUGUCUGUGAAUCUGGGUGAUAAACGAGAUGUUUUUUCAGUCAUUCCUGAAGAAUUCCUAAAUCUCCACCAUAUGGAGAAAUUAUUGAUCCGAAUUUUAGCUGAAUACGGUCCUUCCAAACUAGUCAAAUUAAUUCAGAAUUCUCCAGACCUUCGUGUUUUCCAUCUGCAAUGUAAUUUCUUUUCGGAUCUUGAGUCUCUCAUGACUGUACUUGCUUCCUGCAAGAAACUUGAAGAAAUUAAGCUUACUGGACCAUUUUUUAAAGCCGCCCCAUUUGUCAUUGUUUUACCAAAUUUUAUUUCUCUGAAGAUAUUAAAUCUUGAGCACCAAUAUAUUCCUGAUAAGGAAACAGCUGAAAAAUUUGCUUACACCUUAGGUUCUCUAAAUAACCUGGAAGAAUUGAUCCUUCCUACUGGGGAUGGGAUUCAUCAAGUGGCCAAACUGAUCAUCCAGCAAUGUCAGCAUCUUCACUGUCUCCGCAUUCUCUCAUUUUUCCAGACUUUGGAUGAUGACAGCGUGGUGGGAAUUGCCAAGGUAGCAAUCAAUGGAGGUUUCCAGAAACUCGAGAAUCUUAAUCUUUCAAUCAACCACAAGAUUACAGAGGAAGGAUACAGAAACUUCUUUCAAACACUGGACAACAUGCCCAACUUGCAAGAGUUAACAAUUUCCAGGCAUUUCAAAGAAUGUAUCAAAGCUCAGGCCACAACAGUCAAGUCUUUGAGUCAAUGUGUGUUACGACUGCCAAGACUCACUAGACUUAACAUGUUAAGUUGGCUCCUGGAUGCAGAAGACAUCACACUGCUUACUGCCAUGAUAGAAAGGCAUCCUCUAUCUAAACACUUCACCCUUCACUGGAAAUGGGUACUGCCAUUCUCUCCAAUCAUUCAGAAAUAG